UUCCUCACCAAGCAAUUUGUCCAGGACAUCAAUCGUAUGCAUGUGAGGUCUUGACCCUGUUGCUGCCACUCCCGAGACUUUGAGAGGUGCCUUAGAAGUCGAAUAUAAUUUCGCAUUCCUGGUAUUCUUUCAGCAAAAGACAAGAGCAGGACUCAUCAUGGCACAGAAGAAUAUUGUUGUGAUAGGUGCUGGAGUCGCAGGAUUGACGACGGCAUUGCUCUUGUCGAAAAAUCCUCGAUACCGAAUCGUAGUAGCUGCCAAGCAUAUGCCUGGUGACUACGAUAUCGAAUAUGCAUCACCCUGGGCGGGAGCAAACUAUAUGCCUGUCUCAGUUCGUGGUACUAAGGCAGCAGAGUGGGAUAAGAACACAUGGUCUCCCCUAGAGGAUCUAGCACGGAACCACCCUGAGGCUGGCGUGCACUUCCAAGAAUGUGAAAUCUACAGUCGUUCCAAAGACGUCGGUUCUGCAACAGCAGACUGGUUUGCCGAAUUAUUAUCACCAAAUCCAUGGUUCAAGGAUGUCGUGCCGAAUUUCCGUUCGCUUCCCAAGCAAAGUCUGAGUUCUGAAAUCGAUUCUGCAACAGCUUUCACCUCUGUUUGCAUCAACACCGCCAUAUAUCUUCCUUGGCUCGUCUCACAGUGUCUCAAAAACGGAGUCACUUUUAAACGCGCUGUUUUCAAGCACAUUUCAGAAGCCUCAUUGCCCUCAACUCAUCCUUCAAGCAAGGUCGAUCUCGUGGUCAAUUGCACCGGCCUCAUGGCAAGUACGCUCGGCGGCGUUGAGGACAAGUCCGUUGUACCCGCCCGAGGCCAGAUUGUGAUCGUCCGCAAUGUGGCUGACAGGAUGGCUGAUGUGUCCGGAACCGACGAUGGAGAUGGCGAGGCAUGCUAUGUCAUGACAAGAGCUGCCGGCGGGGGCACGAUCCUGGGCGGGUCCUACCAGAAAGGAAAUUGGGAGUCACAGGUGGACCCCAAUCUGGCCAUUAGAAUCAUGAAGAGAGCAGUGAAACUGUGUCCUGAGCUGACAGGGGGAAAUGGAAUCGAGCAUCUCGACAUAAUCAGACACGGCGUGGGAUUAAGACCUGUUCGAGAAGGCGGAACGAGAAUCGAAAAGGAGCGCAUAGAAGACGUGUUGGUGGUACACAACUAUGGCGCUGGUGGAGCCGGAUAUCAGUCUUCCUAUGGAUGCGCGCAGGCUGCCGUGGCAUUGAUUGAGGAGGCAUUCUCGCCAACACGCGCCCGUUUGUAAAGGCCGUAAGCAAAACUAAAACGCGUAGGAUCAUCUUUCUUACAAAAUACGCGAUUGAGCUUUUGGUUCCGUAUGAGGAUUGAGUGGCUCGAGCAAUGGGAACGUGUAAAUUUCGGCGAUGUGAUAGUAAGGUUGGAGAUGAAAAGAACGUUGAUAUCGACCCCAGAGUCUGUACCCAGAGUACGAUGCAGCUUAGUCACAGUUUAUGGCGAUGAAGCUAACCUAAAUG